AUGGAUACCACAGUAUUGGAAAUAGCAGUGAUCUUCAUUGUUGUACUAAUCUUCCCGUGCGAAGGUUUGAAUUGUUAUACUUGCUCGGACCCUGAAUAUGACGGAGAAGCAGCUGAAACAUGUUUCAAGACAGUUAUUGGAACAACAACAUCUUCUACCUGUACUGCAGAUUCUGGAUCUACUAUUUAUUAUUGUGGAACAAAAUUUGUAGUGACAGAUGGAGUAACAACUAGUGUUGAACGUUAUUGUAUGGCUAGUACGUCAGAUGAAGAUGUUCAUACAGACGCAGUUCCAUCUUCUAACAAAUGUACAACCGUUUUGGAUGGAAGUGGCAACCCAACAUCUACAACUGCAUGUUAUUACCAUUGUACAACUGACAAAUGCAAUAAUAUAACGACUAGCUCUCUUAAGCAAUGUUCAUCAGACUGUAAUUUAGGAACCUCACAGGGAAGUUGUAACUAUAUUACCGGAACAUGUGUUUGUAGUUAUCCAUAUGCUGGAUUCGAUUGCUCGAAUGCAUCCGCACGAGUAUAUACGAAUGUAAGAAGAAGCUGCGUUCAAUGUAACUCAGAAACGGAAAGUCGAUGUGUUUCGUCUUUAACAAGCACAACUUGUCCUGGAUAUGAAUACUAUUGCUCGACAACAAAUUCAACUAUUUACGAUUCAGCAUUUGCAAUUGUCAAAUCUACAAUAACGAGGGGCUGCACGUCCGCUUUUAAGGCUAUUGACGAGUGCAUUUUUAACGAAGUGCACACUGAUUCUCCGAUAAGUGACGCUUCUGUCGGGUAUAUUGAGUUCAAUUGCUAUUCUACUUGUGAUACGGACGGUUGCAAUACUGGCACAGCUGACGGAAUAAUAAACGGAAACGAGGCGGUGACACUCCAAUGUGUUGUUUGUACUGAUUCUGUUGGAGCUGGUACGUGCAACACGGCAACUGUGAGGCAAGCUUGUCCAUCUGGUUCGACUUACUGUAAAUCUACGGUUACUUAUCUGAUUUCUGAAAAAAAUGACCUACGUCAUAGAGCGUCUCCUACAUACCAUGCAGUUAGCGUGGUUCGUGAAUGUGCCAACUCUUCGAUACCUACUCAAUGCACGGAAUCAAACGUGGAACCAAUGAGUUUUAAGAAAAUUACGUGUAGUGAAACUUGCCAAGAAGAUGGUUGUAACAUUGGAUGGCCUGGGAGACCAAAAUGCCUAACUUGCAGCAGUUCUCAGAAAUAUAAUAACAAAUACGACGACGAUGGUUAUGAUCAAUGCCGCGAAAAUCCACCCAUUGCAGCACCCUGUAGUUUUCCGUAUGAAACCCACUGCAUUAUACAAGAACAUGGAAUACAGAAAGGUAAUAUACCUGGAAUUCCUAGGAGAAUAACUAGAGGUUGUUCCUAUUAUGACAUCGGAAAUGAAUGUUCUUCAACAAUGAUUCGGAAUAUUACAAUCCAGAAUUGUAAUUAUACCUGCACUACUGAUGGAUGUAACAUAGGAGGCGCAUCGACAGAAUCUUUGCAAGCUGUUGUAGCAGCAGUUGUAUUCAAUCCAUGA